AACAAAUCCUAGGGUUUUCCGUCUGCAUAUAAAAUGACUUUUUCUCUGAAUUGAUAGUUGUUUUCUGCAGCGGCUGGAGGUCGAUCCGAGAAGAAGAGAAAACAAAUGGCAACACCACAAGUGAAGACUGGUUUGUUCGUUGGUCUGAACAAAGGACACGUCGUCACAAGACGCGAGUUGGCUCCUCGUCCUAACUCUCGCAAAGGGAAAACGAGCAAGAGGACGUUGUUCAUCAGAUCCCUGAUCAGGGAAGUAGCUGGAUUUGCUCCAUACGAGAAGAGAAUCACUGAGCUUCUCAAGGUUGGUAAAGACAAGAGGGCUCUUAAGGUUGCCAAGAGGAAGUUGGGUACCCACAAGAGAGCCAAGCGAAAGAGAGAGGAGAUGUCUAGUGUUCUCCGCAAAAUGAGGUCUGGUGGUAGUGCUACUACUGAGAAGAAGAAGUAAACAUCUUAGUCUUCUGUGUUUUGUUUGGAACUCUUUUCAAGUUUUGGUUCGCUCUUGCAAAUCAGCUUUAUGCUCUAAAAACCAUGUUGUGUUUUCGUGUUUUGUUAGAGAUAUUGAUCAAACGUUGCUUCACUAUGUUACCAUUUAUCAUAAAGCUUUUCAAACUUGCUAA